AAGGCGUAUCACUAAUGGAUGCCAAUAUGAAGCAGAAAACAUAAGUUGAGCACUCAUAAGGACGCUGCCACUUGUACUUUACGGAAGAUCCUCAACGGUGGGAUGAAGAACUGAAGUCUUAGAGAGUUUGUGCCAACAUGUCUAAACCAAUGGAUCACGUUAAACGCCCGAUGAAUGCUUUCAUGGUUUGGUCCAGAGCCCAGCGCAGAAAGAUGGCUCAGGAGAACCCGAAAAUGCACAACUCCGAGAUCAGCAAGCGAUUGGGAGCGGAGUGGAAACUUCUCACCGAGUCUGAGAAAAGGCCAUUCAUUGACGAAGCCAAACGACUGCGAGCGAUGCACAUGAAGGAACACCCAGACUAUAAAUACAGACCGAGGCGGAAGCCCAAGACUCUGAUGAAAAAAGAUAAGUUUUCUUUCCCUGUGCCAUACAAUCUCGGGGAGCACGACGCACUCAAAGUUAACGGGCUUUCUGCAGGAGCACUUUCCGAGUCCAUCAUGGGAAACCCUGAUAAGGCAGCAGCGGCUGCAGCGGCCGCAGCGGCGAGGGUAUUCUUCAACCCGGCCAUGUCUACGAACCCCUAUUCCUUUUUCGACCUAGGAUCCAAGAUGACUGAGCUUUCCCCACCUUCUUUUCCAUACGCGUCCCCGUUGGGCUACCCGCCGGGAGGCGCCACGGCUUUCACCGGGACUGGCGGUGUAGGUGGCGGGACGCACGCCCACACUCACUCACAUCCGUCCCCGGGAAACCCAGGCUACAUGAUCCCUUGUAACUGUACUGGCUGGCCCUCAGCAGGACUCCAGCCGCCCUUAGCAUACAUCCUGCUCCCCGGGAUGGGAAAACCUCAACUUGAACCAUACCCUGCAUAUGCGGCAGCAUUAUGAUAGGCCCACUUUGGACUAAUACGAAAAUGAAAUGUGAAAACAAAAACAAAAAAAGCUAUUCAUGCAAGAGUUUUAUUAUGCAUGCACAAACUUGUACAUGUGAUGAAGUGCUCGUCGUCUCAGAUAUCACAUGUGUAUGUAUAUUGAUUAAUACCUUUAUCUAAGGUAAUGCUUAUUUAGAGAACUCUCUAAUCUAUUAUUACUCAGCCAUCACCUCUCACAGCCCAGAGGGAAAGGACUAAAGGAUGGCGGAAAUGCACAAAUUUGAGAGGAAAAGGGUAUCCGAGUAGUUUGCUCUUGUGAAAACCACUUUUGAAAGGUACACUAUUCGAUUUCUAUCUUGCACCUGUUGGAAUCAAGGGCAGCAUAUACAAAGAGCAUAUUAAUAACAGAAUUAGGCUACUGUCUCAACAUUUCUCCCCUCUUGAACUGACUGUAAAUGUGUACAGAUAAAAAUGAUUCUAGUUUAUUUGCCGUUAUAGGCUUAGUGUUUGAGAUAGGGCCAGGAACCUACGUAUUUCCCUAGAAAUCCGGUGUAUAUUUUGAGUUUUUAAACCGUUUUAUAGAUGUCUGUAAUAUUUAUUGUUUAGUGGAAUCUAUGGUGACCCAGGCAAUUUUAAAAAGGACAAGACUAGUUCUGUAAUAUUUGCACAUGAAACGUAGAGGAUGUAAUUUAUUUUGAAGGUGAUGUUCAAUUUCAGUACUUUGCAACUUUCGGGGUUUGUUUCAUCAAACCGUAUUUUCCCUCCCAGCAGUAAAAACAAGUUUCAGUUUAAAUGCAGAAGUUUAUUCACGGGGUUUUAUCAUUUGUUGAUCCCUCACCCUCCCACUCCUCCUAUCAUGUGCAGCAGAAAAAAAACGUUUUUAACUAACUCUUAUGGAAUUUGUAUGUUUUGUGUUUUCUUUAACCUCCGUUAUGUACUUCAAUCUAUUGCUACUGUUCACUUGUUGAGCAAAGGACUACAAUAAAGCGUAUUCGGAUUAAACGGAA